AUGAAUGAGGUGAAUCUUCCGAUUCAAGGCCCUGGAGUCACUAUUAUGGAUGCUGCUGAAACACUGCAAGCUUUUCUGGCCAAGCUGCCACUGUGGAAGAGGAGGUUGGAGGCAGACAACUAUGCAAACUUUCCAAUGUUAGAGGAAGUGCUUCUGCAGGAUGGAAUCGAGAGUGACAAGGCCCUGUCAAUUUCUCUGCAGGCAGAAUUCUGCAGACAUCUGGAUACUCUGCAGAACUCUUUCAAGGGUUACUUCUGCUCAGGUGACCUAAAAGUUGAAACAUGGAUUCGUAAUCCUUUCCUUGCUGACAUAUACUGUAUCAGUGAUGAAGACCCUGCCAAAGAUUUCCUCAUUGACCUGAAGACAAAGGAAAUGUUACGAAAUGAAUUCAACUCGAAGAGCCUUGGAGAAUUCUGGUGUGCGUUGACACAAGCCUACCCUUGUCUGGUAAAGCGAGCUAUGGAUGCUCUGAUUCCGUUUGCUGCUACAUACCUUUGUGAGUCAGGGUUUUCAGCACUUGUUUCUGUCAAAACGAAAAGUCGAAAUCGAUUGGAUGUCAAAGAUGACAUGCGUGUUACCUUGUCAAAGACCACUCCACCGUUUCAUCUUCUUAUUCAAGCCAAACAACAACCUUCUCAUUGA